GACAGCCAAAAGCACGCACGCACUCAUGUGGCCUCUCUCUGCGCAUAAUGAUUCAUCAACCACCGUUUGCUCAUGAAACCGUGAUUUCGGGUCCGAUGAGUUCAUUUACGGAGCUGGGUGGUUUGUCGUGGGCCCUCGGAUGCCCCCACCCCCACCUCUCUCAUCCCGCGUCUCGACGGACCAAACGCUGCUGCUGCAGCAUCACCGGCAGCCUCCAAACUGCGUUUUCCCUGCCGCGAUGGAUCCCUGAGUAAACCGGCGAGCUGCUGUCAGAGAGACACCGCUGUAGCUGCUGUGGGCAAGGACCGACACGCAAUGACCGCAAAGAAAUGGUGCCAUAGGCUCCAACUAAGAGAUAAAGAAAGACAAUUUUAUUUUUUAGCGAUGUUAUAGGAUCGCCUUGUUUACCUUCUCGACAGAUAAGCAGCUGGGUGACUGUGAUAUUACGGCAUGUAAGAGCUGGAUAACUAUUCCUGUGUGACCGACACCCUUCUGCCGCUGAUUACAGUGAAAUGAAAAAGAAUGGGCCCAGCAGGUCAGUAGACCCGCGCUAAUUGCAGACAUGUUUUAAGGACAAUACCUCAGCCACCAUGAAAGGGUUAGGAGCCAACCGCAGUCGUCACCUGUCUGACUCGUGUGAACCAGCGGGCUGUUCACAGAAGCCUCUGUGUCCUUUGACCUCUGACCCUCACAGCUCCUUUCUGUUGAGCCCUACUAUAAACCACUAUGGCACUCUGGACCCCCAUCUCCACCAGUGCCCUCCCACCAGCCCCACCACCUUGACUCCUGACUGCUUGCUGCCUUUCAGCCAGAUGUCCAACAGCAGCACUUUCCCUCGUCUGCAUUUUACCUCUCAGACUGACCAGGUUGACUGCUCCCAGGCCUGUAUGGCUACCGGUGGUGGAGUUGGGCAGGGCAGCAGGGCAGGGACACUAUCCACAUCCUUGUCUAUGGGUAUGGGCUUGGGUCUGGGCCUGACUGGUGCCCCUAUGAUCACCAGUGGAUCGGCCACUAUCUCGUCUGCAGCAGCAGCAAAGAUGAACCGGUUACCUUCCAGCCUACUGGAUCAGCUAGAGAGGCAUCUGCCCCUACAGCGUGAUGGCUUCAGUACACUGCAGUUCCACAGAGGCCGUAUGUCAAAGCAACGCAGUGAGAGCCCAGGACGCAUACGCCACCUGAUGCAUUCUGUGCAAAAGCUGUUUGCCAAGUCUCAGUCCUUGGAAAACUCUGCAAUCAAGGGUAGCUUAAAUGGGCGCUCUGCAGGAGGAAUGACUGGGACUACAGGAAGUGGUGAAGAUAGUGGUAGACCAACCCGCAGGAGCAAAAGUAAAGACAGGGCUAAGACUGAAGGGCAAAAGCAGAGACCUAGACCUAGUACACUAGGCCUCUGGGGCUCAGAUGAUGCCCUGGACACUGACACUACCAAAGCUGGCACUAUAGCUGUAGGUUACCGCAACCCACUGAGCAUGAUGACUCUUGGCAGAGCGGUGUCAGACAGCCAGGCCCCUCCAAGACAUAUUCCACAGGGCUAUAACACAAUUUCUGCACAUACUCUCAAGACCUCCAAAAGCAGCAGUGACCUCAAGUUCCUGGCAUGCCCAGCAACACAAGUAGGAUCCAAGGAAGAGGAAGAAAGAACUAGGGGAAGCAAGGACGAUACUCUGGUGAAGAGGGGCACUUGGUCCACUCUCACACUUACCCAGGCUAGGCAGGUGUUGCAGAAGGGCUCUGCUACAGUCAACAGGACCAUGCUUAAAUCAAAAUCAUGCCACCAAGACUUGGCACAACAGUUCCUUCAGGUAGGAGGGCUUGUCCCCCUGGGCGACUGGGCAGGAACUUUGGGUCAUGGAAGGACCAAAGGAACUGAGAUCCCUUGUCGAAGGAUGCGCAGUGGCAGUUAUGUCAAAGCUAUGGGAGACGUAGAGGACAGUGAUGACUCAGAAGGAAGCCCCAAACCUUCGCCCAAAUCUGCAGCUCGUCGCCUGAGCUACAUGAAAGCCACCCAGCAGUCACUGAGUGAGCAGCAGCCGCCACCGACGCCACGCAACACCCUGCCGUCCCUGAAAGAGCUGUCCACUAAUCGGAGCCUUGAUAACUUAGACUGCCUGGUGAGUCCUUUAGAGGCCCCUCCACGCCACAGGAACAAUGAUUUCAGCCAAUGCUCUGGCACACUGGGCAGAGGCUCGGGCACUCAGCGUGUGAGUCUGCACACGUUCUUUCAGGUAUGCGGGCAGGGCUGUGGGCACUCUGUACCGUACUGUGAGGGGGAAUCGCAGGCUGUUGAGGCUCUGGAUCUGCCUGCGCCUACAUGCUUCCGGUCUCGCAGCCAUAGCUACCUGCGGGCCAUCCAAGCAGGCUGCUCCCAGGAUGAAGACACAGCUUCUGUGGAUUCAGAGUCACCACCACCCACCACUCCAGGCUAUAGCUACAGCUCCAACACCACAGUCAGCAAUAGGAAAGCUCCUCCUCCAGUCCCUCCCCGUACCACCUCCAAGCCCCUCAUCUCAGUGACAUUACAGAGCAGCACCGAGUCAGCCCAAGACACAUACCUUGACCAGCAGGACCGUGGCAGUGAGGUCAACAGCCAGUCAGGACGGAGCAACUCCUCUGACAGCCUCUGUAGCAUACGCACGGGUAGCCUGGCUAAGGGGACCCAGCCUCCACCAGCGCCUGUCCCUGCUGCAACCCCAGCACCAUCUGCAGGCUCCAUACCUCCUGUUCCAGCCCCCCGUGACCUCCCACCUACCACCACCACAACCACUACUGUUGCUACAAGUACCACUUCCACAUCUACUCAAUCCCAAAAUGACACCCUAAGCAGUGGUACCACUCUAGAGCAGCCCCCGACUGCACCCAAGAGGAAACUUUCCUCUAUUGGAAUUCAAGUUGACUGUCUUCUGCCAGUUCCAAGAGAAGAACCCCUGCUACUGGCUAAACCUCUUAAGUUUCAGUCAAUCGGAGUUCAAGUUGAAAACGGCAGGCCUCUCAGCCGGGACAGCAGCAUGGCCUCCAGACAAAAUACAGAGACUGAGCCUCAGGAGCCUAAGGAUGCCGCACCCAUAGAAAACAACACAACCAACUGCGCCAACAGUCAGACGGUGAAUACUGCGCCGAACGGACAGGACAAAGCCAUGGAGCAGCAGCCACUUAAACACAACUCAGCACCAUCCAGGAUAUCCAUCUCACCCCCAGAGACUCUCGACCCAGCUUUAGACCCCUCCUCGUUGCCGCCUCCAGAUCCCAGCCUCGAGUCUGGAAACUGCAGCAGCCAGGGAGAUGCUGUUCAGCCUACCACGCCAGCAUGUCUCAGAGACGGCAACUGGUUUCUGAAGCUACUGCAGGCUGAAACAGGCCGCAUGGAGGGAUGGUGUCAGCAGAUGGAGCAGGAGACCAAAGACAACAAGCUCUCAGAGGAGGUUUUGGGGACGAUCCGCAGUGCAGUAGGGAGUGCUCAGCUCCUCAUAUCACAGAAGUUUGAGCAGUUCAGAGGACUCUGUAAUGAGAACUUGAAUAUAAAUGCCAACCCACGACCAACAUCGCAGGACCUUGCAGGGUUCUGGGAUCUGCUACAGCUCUCGAUAGAAGACAUCAGUAUGAAGUUUGAUGAGCUCUACCAACUUAAAGCCAACAACUGGCAGCUUCCUGAGAAGAAGGAUGAAAACAAGCAGCUUCCAUCAUCUGUGCCAAAGAAGCAGAGUAAGCCGCGGCUGUCAGCAGAGAAGGACAAGAGCGUGGACUCUGCUGCAGACAAGCAGCGGCAAGAAGCCAGAAAAAGGUUGAUGGCAGCAAAGCGCGCGGCAUCAGUACGACAGAACUCCGCCACAGAAAGUGCUGACAGCAUCGAAAUCUACGUCCCCGAGGCCCAGACCCGCCUCUGAGAGCAAACCAGCACCGAUCAAAAAAUUGCUAACGCACUUCAGACAUUCAUUGACACAACACAAAUCUGAGACACACACACAAUAUAUAUAUAUAUAUAUAUAUAUAUUGGAUGCACAGAGGCCGAUCCCUCAUAGCUGCACAGGAGAUAUGUGGGGAUCACAAAUAAUCAAGAAAAAUGCAGAUCACCAACCUGCUGCCAUGGGACAGAAAUAACCUUGACAGAUGUUAAAUACUAUUGUUAUUAUUGUUAUUAUUGAUAUUCUAAUAAUUAUUAUUAUCUCCUAAAGUAUUUCAAGACUGUCUUAAAUGUGCAAGUAUCUUCGAUAAGGACAUCCUGUACCUUGUGAGCUGAAGAAUCUUGGUAUCCCAGAAGUUUACUCUCUUAAAAACUCCCUUCACUGCUGAGUCUACCGGCAAGUUGCGGCUGCCAGGUUUACGAGCUGAGCGACCAUCCACACACACUCAGGACACACAUGCAGGUGUACUCACUGUCCACAGAGUCUUCCUGUUCUCUCUCUUUGUAUUUGGCUGCCACUCGUUGGGUGUGGUGUGUACGCUUUACUGUGUAAGAAUUAUAAGAUGGCGUUAGUGUACUCAGAGGUUUAAAAUGCAGAGAACCAGAGGAAGGCAGUAGCAUAUAUAUUAUAAAUAUCACACUAUUACAAUGUUCAUUUUGUAAAUGUUGUAUACCAGAUUAUUUGUUAGAAAGAGGUCAGUGUUCAGUACCAAGGUAGUUUUUUAUAGAUCGAGUACAUUUACUGUCAUGAUAUAUUAGCACUUGAUGCAAUCAUUCACUCCCCAUUUAUCUUCCUCUUCUUUUCACCAGUGCACAUUACACAGUCUGUGGAUACCCAUUCUUAAAGUCUUACUUUGGUUAGUUUUUGGUAAGGGAUAUGAGGAAGGAUCGCCCAGCCAGUGAGGAACAAGUGGAAUGUAUGAAAUGUAUGCGUUUGCAGCUCAUGUUGACUUGAUCACUGCACUUUCCAUUCACCUCAGAUCAAGUUUGCCCACCUUUUGUUAUCCUAAUCAUUCUGACCUUCACUACAUCCUCAUGCGAUGUAGGGGGACCAAGACAUUCACCACUUGAUAUGGCAUUCCCAUUCAACCAGACUUGUGUGUGAGGGUGGGGGUUUCCUUGCUUCUGGAAAGAAAAUGGAAUAGCAUAGCAAUAAUAAAAUCAUAUUAGAACAAGCAAUGCAGUAGGUACCCAGUCUUAAGUUAUUUAAUCAACAUUUCCAGUAGGACUUUAUUAGCAUGAAGGAUGAAUGUUUUGGGGGGAUUUUUUUGUUCUUCUAUGAACUAACUUUCCUUAAAAUAACAAGAAUCUCAGGUUGAACACUUAAGCUCAACAGUAAAAACCACUAUGGAUGGAAUAUUUAUUAUACAGCCUCUGGGCCAAAAUCUUGGAUCCUUUGCCAAAUAUUCCAUAGGACUCCAGGCCUACAUGGUGUUCUUCUAUAAGAAAAAGGACUUUUUAGUAAGGUUCGAUGAUGUAACGAAAGGGGUCAGUUUGACUCCUCUGAAAUCACGAUUCCUUUACGGCCCUUUCUAGCAGCUAGAACUCCCACCCCUUUUGAAAAUGAAGAACUGUGGUACAAUGUUUGUUUUGGGGUUUUUUUGUUUGUUUGUUUUUUAUGCCAUUUGACACAUUUUUGUGACAUUCAUCCAAAAUGAGAUCAAUCUAAACAUGCGUGGACGUCUGUAAUUUACAAUAAUAAAUGGUGCUGCGAGGGAUUUGAUAUUGUGCCAACGUGGCAAUGAUCAUCAACCUUUUAGUUUCAUCUUAUUAGGAUUUUAUUUAAUGUUAUUAUUAUUUAAUCUGCUCAUGAAUUCAGUUGCCUGUGUGUGCAUUCUCAGAAAAGUUUGUGUUUGCAUCCGCUCACUCCAGAUAUGCUAUGCCUCAUCUCUGUAUAAGCUCAUGACACGUUGGCUAUGGGACUGGAAUAGUUUCCAUGUUUCCAGUUUCUUAAAUGGAAACUCAAGUGCCAAGGGUAUAUGAGUGGAACAGGGCAUAGCACAUACCCAUGCAAACGUGUAGGUGGUGUAGGUUGACUCACUUUUUCUUUUUUCUUUUUUUGUUGCAAGAGCUGGCUCUCCCCCUACUGGUCAGUUUUUUGCAUGACACUCCAGACAUUUUGUUCUGCUCCAUUUUGAAUUUUUAGUUAACGUCCAAAAAGACAUGAAAUUGAACUGGGAAUGCUGACACAACACUGCGUUGUCAAAUUUCUUAUUCUCUUAUUUGUAUUACAUCAACAAUGGACAUGUGCAUUUCAUUGUCCAAAGAAAUCAUUAAACAUCCCUUUGCUACA